GCCGGGGCUCCCGGCGCGCGCCAGUUGAAGGGAUCCCGCCGCGGGAGCGGGCGCCGCCAGCUUUCCUCGGCGCGGCGGGACGCGGCGGCCGUCGGGGACCCGGCACGGCGGACUCAGGCGCUGCUCCCGCUGCAGGGAGGCGGCGGCGUCCGGCGAUGGGGACCGAGCGGAGCCACCUUGCCGGGCCGUGACCGCCGCGCCGCUGCCGCCGCCUCGGGCGCUCUCGGAGAGCCGAUACUGAGGAACAUGGCCCUGGAGCAGCUCUGCGCGGUCCUCAAAGUGUUGUUAAUAACAGUACUUGUAGUGGAAGGGAUUGCUGUGGCCCAAAAGACUCAAGAUGGACAAAAUAUUGGGAUCAAGCAUAUUCCUGCAACCCAGUGUGGCAUUUGGGUUCGAACCAGCAAUGGAGGUCAUUUUGCUUCCCCAAAUUAUCCUGACUCAUAUCCGCCAAACAAGGAGUGUAUCUAUAUUUUGGAAGCUGCUCCUCGUCAACGGAUAGAGCUGACCUUUGACGAACGCUAUUAUAUAGAACCAUCAUUUGAAUGUCGCUUUGAUCACUUGGAAAUUCGAGAUGGGCCAUUUGGUUUCUCCCCUCUUAUAGAUCGUUACUGUGGCAUGAAAAGCCCUGCGUUAAUUAGGUCAACAGGAAGAUUCAUGUGGAUUAAAUUUAGUUCUGAUGAAGAACUUGAAGGACUAGGAUUUCGAGCAAAAUACUCAUUCAUUCCAGAUCCAGACUUUACUUACCUUGGAGGUAUUUUAAAUCCCAUCCCAGAUUGCCAGUUUGAGCUCUCUGGAGCUGAUGGAAUAAUCCGUUCUAGCCAGGUAGAACAAGAAGAAAAAACAAAGCCUGGGCAAGCAGUUGAUUGCAUAUGGACAAUUAAAGCUACCCCAAAAGCUAAGAUUUAUUUGAGGUUCUUAGAUUACCAAAUGGAACACUCAAAUGAAUGCAAGAGGAAUUUUGUGGCGGUGUAUGAUGGAAGCAGUGCUAUUGAAAAUCUGAAGGCCAAGUUUUGCAGCACUGUGGCUAAUGAUGUAAUGUUGAAAACAGGAGUGGGAGUGAUACGGAUGUGGGCAGAUGAAGGUAGUCGGCUUAGCAGGUUUAGGAUGCUCUUCACUUCCUUUGUGGAACCUCCCUGUACAAGCAGCACUUUCUUUUGCCAUAGCAACAUGUGCAUUAACAAUUCUUUGGUCUGUAAUGGUGUUCAGAACUGUGCAUACCCUUGGGAUGAGAAUCACUGUAAAGAGAAGAAGAAAGCUGGACUAUUUGAACAAAUCACUAAAACUCAUGGAACAAUUAUUGGCAUUACAUCAGGGAUUGUCUUGGUUCUUCUCAUUAUUUCUAUUUUAGUGCAAGUGAAACAGCCCCGGAAAAAGGUUAUGGCUUGCAAAAGUGCUUUUAAUAAAACUGGGUUCCAGGAAGUAUUUGACCCUCCUCAUUAUGAACUAUUUUCACUAAGAGAGAAAGAGAUUUCUGCAGACCUUGCAGAUUUGUCAGAAGAACUUGAUAACUACCAGAAGAUGCGGCGCUCCUCCACAGCCUCCCGGUGCAUUCAUGACCACCACUGUGGAUCUCAAGCAUCUAGUGUCAAACAAAGUAGGACCAACCUUAGUUCCAUGGAACUUCCCUUCCGAAAUGAUUUUGCACAACCACAGCCUAUGAAAACAUUUAAUAGCACCUUCAAAAAAAGCAGCUACACUUUCAAACAGGCGCAUGAAUGCCCUGAACAGGCUCUAGAGGACAGAGUGAUGGAGGAAAUCCCCUGUGAAAUUUAUGUCAGAGGGCGAGAUGAUUCUGCACAAGCAUCCAUAUCCAUCGACUUCUAGUUGUCAGCUAAAAGUACUAAUUAUUAACUAUGUGUAUGCAGCCUACACCAAUACCCAUUGUUUCAGCAACCAAUCUUGUUCUGUCAAAAUUAGAAAGACCUUCAUUAUUUAUCAUAAAGCUGAUGAUUUUAUUAUCUCAGGCAAUCUAUAUAUGAGAAACCAACCAAGGAACUUACCAUAUUCAAUGGAAAAAGUUAUCCUCCAUUGCUUGAUAUCUUAUCUACAAAAGCAGCUGAGGAGCGAGUGGUCAUGUUGAGCCAGGCUCAACAGCAUGGAGGUGUUGACAUCAGGGUACUAUUUUGGUUCACAGAGCCCCAUCAAUUUGAUCCCACAGUAAAUUUAAAAGUAAAAUUUUUCUUUAUA